UCGGAAUCGGCACGCGCUUGGGCCGGAUCGGUAGCGCCAGCAAUACCUCCAGCCCUAAUCUAUAAUACAACCCCUCGAAGGGACAUUUUUAGAAGCCAUUCUGGCGUGAAUGUCACAGUUUACGAAGUUGACAUCGGUCCGCCAGAUAGACAGUCAGUCGUGUAGGCCGACUUUCGGAGGGCCGCCCCCCUCGUCCCCGCUUCGUUGUCGGGAUUACUACUCAUUUCCAUGCCCACAUGAGUCGAAUGUGAAUGGAGACGUGACCACGUUUUGAAACACGAAAAACCCUCAUGCGAUCUCUGGAUGGCUAAGCAAUGACGCAUCGCUGCUCGAAGUUUGGGUUUUCAUGCCGUCUGACGAUGUUGCCUGCACGAGGUUAAUGCAGAAUGCUUCUUGCGUCUGGAGAGGUGUUGCGGCCGAUGAUGGACCUGAAAUGCGCUUCUUCGAUGAAGGGUUCGUGUAGUGGAGAUGAAGCUGAGGUGACACGGUGUGGGUGAUUUGAGGUUGGGGGUAAAUUUUAGGGGAGCACGAUGAAGGGUUUGAUGCCGGGACGCGUUGAGAUGAUGGGGCUGCUUGGUGGUCAGCGGAGGAUGAAGUCGAUGCUUGUGUGGAUUGUAGUAGUUUCGUUAGCGUUUACAGCAGGGAUGUAUGCGGCGGGUGGAUCAUGGGUGAGGCGCGGCCUUGGAGCGCACAGUUCGACGUUAUGGAAGACGGGUCGCCCCAGACAUAUUCCGAACUGGAGAGAGAGUGCUGAGGCUGAGUUCGGUCAAGACAACAACGAUGAAUUCCCGGGUUUGGAAAACGUUUUGGAGAGGGCCUCUAUGCCGAAUAAAACCAUCAUUAUGACAACGUUAAACCAAGCAUGGGCGCAGCCUCACACAAUGAUACAAUUGUUUCUGGAAAGUUUUCGUGAAGAGGAAAUCUCGCACCUCCUCCCUCACCUGGUGAUUGUCGCUCUGGACCAAGUGUCUUAUGAUAAAUGUCGGGAGCUACACACUCUUUGUUACAUGCUAAAGACAAAAGGUGUCGACUUUUCGGGAGAAAAAUAUUUUAUGACCGAUGAUUACCUAAAAAUGAUGUGGAGAAGAAUAUACUUCCUCGAAGUCGUUCUCGAAAUGGGUUACAGCUUCGUUUUUUCGGAUGCAGACAUAAUGUGGUUUCGUGAUCCCUUUCCUCGAUUCGACAAAAAUGCGGACUUUCAAAUAGCAUGCGACCAGUUCACAGGCAUUCACGAAGACACGAAUAAUGUGGCGAAUGGAGGAUUUGCGUAUGCACGGUCCAACAAGCGCACCAUCGAUUUUUACAAGUAUUGGUACAUGUCAAGAGACGAUUAUCCAGGUUUGCAUGACCAGGAUGUGCUGAAUAGAAUCAAGACAGAUCAAGAUUUUGUGGACAUCGGCCUACAUCUUCAUUUUCUCGAUACUAAACAAUUUAGCGGAUUCUGCCAGAUUAGCAAAGACUUCGAGGAGGUUGUUACGAUGCAUGCCAACUGCUGCAUGGGGCUGCAGCGAAAGCUGGUGGACCUGCGUCUUGUAAUGGAUGAUUGGAGACGAUUUAAAGUCUUGACUCCACAAUUGAAACAGCAUAAUCAGAAAAUAGAAUGGCGGGCUCCUUCAGAGUGCCGCUUCUCAACUCUUGAAAAACCGACAGACUAGAAUAUUAAGGAGGAAACGCCCAUCGGUUUCAGUGCAUCCGCGUGAUUAUCCAAUUAAUGGGCAAGAUCGUCUAUUUCAGUUGUAGAUUAUUGCGUUUACUGUUGAGCUGUUAUUUAUUAGGAACUGUGUACUGUUAUCCUUCUCACGUGCUAAUCUGAAUGUCCAUAGUCAGCAUGGUCAUGUGACGAUUCAUUCAAGCAAAGUUGAUAGAUCCACUUAACUCGAUCUAGCUUGUGGUUAUAUCUAACGUAAUGAUAAUUGAAUGAUUGCUUAUACUUA